AUGACGGUCCACAACCUAGCAGAGUACGUAGCCUACCACCAGCGCAAACUUCGCGAACAAUCUGCCCAAUCCUCCGCAUCCUCAAAGAGCUACGGCGUUAACCCUAUUCACAGUAACUCCUCCUUCAACACCUCCGUCAAGCAGGCCUCCGCCGGCCGCGUCGUCCUCGUCGACUGCUUCGCCACCUGGUGCGGACCUUGCAAGAUGAUUGCCCCCAAAGUGAGCGCCAUGUCGCAGGAAGAAAAGUACAAGGACAGCGUCGACUUCUACAAGAUUGAUGUCGACGAGGUGCCGGACGUCGCGCAGGAACUCGGCAUUCGCGCCAUGCCCACCUUCUUGGUCUUCAAGAACGGUGAGCAAGUCGAGGAGAUUGUCGGCGCAAACGAGCGCGCUAUCCGCGCUGCGGUCGACAAGCAUUUGUGA